AUGGACUUUGAGUCCAAAGAUCCUGAGAAUGAAGUGAUCAAACCUGCCAUAAAUGGAGUACUAGACAUCAUGAAAGCAUGCCUGAAAGCCAAAACUGUUCGGAGGCUGGUUUUCACAUCGUCCGCUGGCACCCUCAACGUUUCAGAACAACAAAAACAUGUGUUGGAUGAGACUUGUUGGAGUGACGUUGAGUUCUGCCAAAGAGUAAAGAUGACUGCCUGGAUGUAUUUUGCUUCAAAGACAUUGGUGGAGCAAGAAGCGUGGAAAUUUGCGAAAGAGAACAACAUUGACCUCAUAACAAUAAUUCCACCCCUUGUUGUUGGCCCCUUUCUAACGCCGACAAUGCCACCAAGCCUAACCACUGCUCUGUCUCCUAUCACAGGAAAUGAGACCCAUUAUUCGAUCAUAAAGCAAGGCCAAUUCGUCCACAUAGAUGAUCUUUGUCUUGCACAUAUAUUCCUGUUCGAGCAUCCAGAAGGAGAAGGGAGAUAUGUCUGCAGUGCAUGCGAUGCUAACAUCCAUGACAUUGCUAAUUUAAUUAACUCAAAGUAUCCAGAGUACAAGGUUCCCACUAAGUUCAAGAAUAUUCCAGAUCAAUUGGAGCUUGUCAGAUUUUCAUCAAAGAAGAUCAAAGACAUUGGAUUCCAAUUUAAAUACAGUUUAGAGGAUAUGUACAUUGCAGGAAUUGACAUGUGCAGAGAAAAAGGGCUUCUUCCUAAACAUGCAAAGACUCCAGGCAAUGGCAUAACACAGAAAUAAAUAGGAAAAGACUUAGAUCGUGUUCCUUGUAUCAAUUCCAUCAAGUUCUUCGUUCAAACAAUGGCAAGUGGACUUGAUAAAAAUGAUGUAAGGAACUUGAUAUAAGUUUAAUUCAAAUAGAUAUGCCUUUAAGUCUUAAUUUGUGCUUGUGAUGACUAUCAUCUUUCUUUUCUUAUUUUGUAUUCUUGAUUAAGGUUUAUGUGUGUUUACAUGUAAAAUAAACAAAUUAUCAAAGUCAAUCUUGGACUAGAUAUAUGUCCUCUUUCAGAUACUUUAAGUGUUUCAAAUAAUGAAGGGUGCUAGUUUUUGUAUUUUA